AUGAUGAAAAAGGAUGUAUUUCCCCAAGGUUUACCUGACGAGUAUGCUUUUGUCACUACCUUCCGGUUCAGGAAAACUUCACGAAGAGAGGACUGGUAUAUCUGGCAAAUCAUUGAUAAAUAUGGAAUUCCACAGGUCUCUAUCCGACUAGAUGGAGAAAACAAAGCUGUGGAAUAUAAUGCUGUGGGGGUGAUGAAGGAUGCAGUCCGAGUGGUCUUCCGGGGUGUUCCAGUCAGUGACUUGUUUGACCGAAACUGGCACAAGAUUGCUCUCAGCAUUCAGGCCAAGAAUGUAUCCCUUUACAUUGACUGCAAGCUGGUACAAACACUGCCCAUCGAAGAGAGAGAAAACAUUGACAUCCAGGGAAAAACUGUGAUUGGCAAGCGCCUCUAUGACAGCGUGCCCAUUGACUUUGAUCUGCAGCGGAUAGUGAUUUAUUGUGACUCUCGACAUGCUGAAUUGGAAACCUGCUGUGACAUCCCUUCAGGACCAUGCCAGGUGACCGUCAUUACAGAAGCCCCUCUACCAGAGAUACCACCAACCAUUGGCAGUGAGCAGAUUGGCUUUCUGAAGACCAUCAAUUGCUCCUGCCCUGCUGGGGAAAAGGGUGAGAGAGGCAUCGAGGGACCACGAGGACUCAAGGGAGAAACUGGAGCUCGAGGACAGAGUGGAAUUCCAGGGCCCAAAGGAGAGAAAGGUGAUUCGGGUCAGGGAACAUUUUUCAAAGGAGAAAAAGGUGAAAAGGGAGAAAAUGGACAACCUGGGAUUCCUGGACUCAAGGGAGAUAAGGGAUCUAUGGGCUUAUCUGGGCCCCCAGGGAGAGAAGGAGCCAAAGGUGCCCAGGGAGAGACAGGAGAACCUGGAUUACCUGGUGAGGUGGGUCUGAAGGGACCCAUGGGACCUCCAGGACAAGCAGGGCUUCCUGGACAGAUUGGGAUUCCAGGUCUUCAAGGAGAACGAGGAGAAAGAGGACCUCGAGGAGAUAAGGGAGAGCGAGGCCUAGAUGGAUUCCCUGGAAAACCUGGAGAAGAAGGGAAGCAGGGCAGUCCUGGCACUCCAGGUGUGACUGGUCUCCGAGGAGAAAAGGGUGAAGUUGGACCACCUGGGCCACCUGGUAUACCAGGUUCUGUGGUGCACAAGGAGGGUCUGAAAGGAGAACAAGGGGCUCCAGGACCACGUGGUCAUCAGGGUUUACCUGGUCCUCCAGGAGCACCAGGUCCAAUGGGUCCUGAAGGCAAAGAGGGACUUCCUGGUUUGCAAGGACAGCGGGUAAGUUGAAUAUCUACUUCUAAUUGGGCCUCCCUUCC